AUCAUACUGACAGUCCAAUAUAAAAAGCCCAAUACUAUUUGUAUGAAAGAAAUCUUCAAAUUGUGAAUAAUUCACGUAUUUCAAAUGCAUUCGUUAUCUUUUUAAUAGUUUGUAGAUCAAUUUCCAAGAAAACCCGUAUCUAAAUGUAAACCUUAUAUAACCUAUCAAAAACUGAAGUUUUAGGUUAUAAUUUGUAAAAGUAUUUACCGACAAUGUUUUUAAGGAAGUAUCUUAUUUCUAAUGCUAUUUAUAGAAAGAGACUUUUACAAAUUGAUUGCUGUAGUCAAAUUUGUAAAAAUCAAGUGGUACUCUGCAAUUCAUACCAAAGCAUAAAUACAUAUGUAAACCCAACCUAUGUUGAAAGAAGAAAGCUGCUGUCUUAUUCAUAUUUGUCCAAUUUAAACAAUGUUUACAGAAGAUAUUAUUCCAAUAGUUUAAUUGAUGGUGAUGUAACACAGUUAGUAAAUUCUCAAAAUGAAAAAGAAUUAAAAAGGAUAGCUCAACUAUUUCCACAUCCAAGAGAAACACUUAAUAAUUUAAAUGCAAAAACACCGGAGAAAGUGUUUGAUAUUCACUACAAACAAAAUGUGGUCGCACCAAAAGGUGUUAGGAAGAAAAUGGGCUUAAGUAACAGUGAUUGGACAUGUACAUAUACCUUUAUUUGGCCUCAGAAGAUUAAAUUUGAAAGUAUUGCAAUAUCAAAACGGCAAGCUGCAGAAAAAUCUGCUACACAAGCGUUACAUUGGUUAUAUAUAAACAAACGGAUAGAUAAUAAAGGCAAUCCGAUAUAUGAUAAGAAAGUCAUAGAAGAUAUCAAAAGUAACUUAAAUGAACCAUUACAAGCGGAAAUUAGUGACAAUUCUCUUAUAAGAAUAAAUAGGAUAUGGAAUGAUUAUGAAAAUGAAAUUAAGCAUGUUUAUGAAAAGACAUUUGAAGAGGCAAGUCAUAGAGUAUAUUUCACUCCAUCGGUGUUAACCAAAGACUCAACCAUAGAUGUAGAAGAUAAUCUACCCGAGGAAUCUCAAGAUAGUGAAAUUGAUGAAGAAUUAAAUACUUUUAAAGAUGCGAGAACACCAAUACACCCAGUAUUUGGUAGGCCUGUCCACCCCCCUUCAGAGGCUCAAUUAGCCAGACGUGAUAGAACUUUGAAGCAAACAUUUGAACGGUAUAAUGAAGAAUUGAUACCCCUACCAAUCGAUCAAUAUACGAAAGAGAUAACAACAACACUAAAGACAUCUCGUGUACUAGUCAUAGUCGGUGCAGCAGGUUGUGGGAAGUCGACCAGGGCUCCUGCUGCAGUAUUAAAGGCAUUGGGAUGUAAUACCACUGCUAUAGUAUCGGAGCCCAGGCGAGUAGCUGCUAUAGGGUUGGCACAAAGAGUUGCUGAGGAAAUGGGAGAAGAGGUGGGCGAAUCUAUAGGUUAUCAAGUGCGUUUGCACUCGAAAGUGCCGCGGCCCUCUAGCGGUGUUAUACUGUAUUGUACGUCUGGAGUGUUACUACGAAGAUUACAACUUAAUCCUGGUCUGGAAGGCUGCUCUCACGUCUUCAUAGAUGAAGCACACGAACGUGACGUCAACACUGACGUAACUCUGCUCCUGUUGAAGCGCGCUCUGGAUGUAAAUCCUAACCUCAAAGUUAUAAUUAUGAGCGCCACAUUGGAUACAGAAGUGUUUACCAAAUAUUUCGAUCCUUGUCCAAUAGUAGAAGUCCCCGGACGUACUUUCCCAGUACAAGUGUCGUAUUUGGAUGACAUUGAAAAGAAAUAUCGUAUAAAAUUACCAAUGACUCUCGAAAACUGUGGUAAGGAAGAUGGAAAACCGCAAAUAUAUUACCAAGAAGUAGUUGACGUUAUCAAAUCUAUUGACAAGUCAGAAUCGGAAGGUGCAAUACUAGUGUUCCUUCCGGGGUGGGCAGACAUCAAACAAGUAAAGACGCUUUUAGACCAAAUAUAUGCGGGGUCCACGACACAUAUGGUGUUACCAGUACAUUCUAGGUUAUCAACAACAGAACAGACUAGAAUGUUCGAGAAACCCGCGCCCGGGAUAAGGAAAAUAGUACUUGCUACCAACAUAGCGGAGACUUCCAUCACAAUACCUGAUGUGGUCUACGUUGUUGAUACAGGGGCGCAUAAAGAGAAUAGAAUUAAAGAGGGGACUGGAACUGCUAGCUUGGAGACAGUAUGGGUUUCACAAGCGGGCGCUAAACAGAGGACUGGCCGAGCUGGAAGGGUACAGCCAGGACAUUGUUUUAGGUUGUAUACUAAAGUUAGAGAGGAAAGUUUUGCACAGCACACAACGCCUGAGAUAUUGAGAAUACCUUUAGAACAAACAGUAUUAAAUUGUAAAAUAUACGCACCGCAAGAGAAAGUGGCGACAUUUUUAUCUCUGUUGCCGGAGCCUCCCACAGACAAGGCAAUACGAUUGGCCGUCAACGAUCUUAUUGAUUUAGGGGCAUUAUCGAAAUCAGAGAAAUUAACUCGUUUAGGCAUACUGUUAUCCAAUAUGACGUUACAUCCACGUUUAGGCAGCAGUUUGUUACAUUCAGUUGUGUUAGGCAAUACAUUAGCUACGGCAAAUAUUGUCAGCCAUUGUUCUGAUAAUGUAGAGUUAUUCAGUAAUGCACCAGACAGGAGAGAAGAGAUACGUGAAAUUAAACGUAAAUAUUCCAACAAUUCCGAUCAUUCCGCGUUCCACUGGAUACAAGAUGAAUAUGAAAGGACACUAAAAGAAGAAGGCUGGAGUGGAGUCAACGAUUGGUGCGAGAGACACGGACUAAGGAAAGAUAGGCUGAAUUACGUUAAAUCGAUAUCCAACCUACAUUUGCAACAAUUAUUACAAUCCAGUAUCAUAGAGGCUCACCCUGAUGUGACAGAGUUGACGCGUUUCUCUGACAUAGAGGAACUGUCAGCUGGAGCGUUACUGUCAGGUGUCAACUCUCUGUUGGUGACAAGGAGACAUGUUCGUACUAAAGGCAAGCUUAGCACUGUUGUUGAAUUGUUUACUAGUUCUGGUGAGAGAGCCCAUAUCGGCAGUGAGAGUGUUAACUAUGGUAUUAAGAAGAGAAAAGCCAAAACACAGUUACUAGCUUACUUUGGUGGUUAUCAUUCCACGGAGCGACGAGCUCUGGUAGUUUACAAAACGACGGUGGUAUCACCACAGGCUGUACUACUCUUCUGCAAUGGUGAUAUAGAAAUAAUGAGAUCUGAAGAAAAUGAAGAUACUGCAGUAUUAAGUCUGCCAAAACAUAGACUACGUAUACAUGUGCCAGCCGAUCAAGCUGAGAGCAUAAUCAAAGCGCGAGAAAUGCUUGGGAAGACAUUCAAAUAUUAUAUCGAAAGAGAUUUAAAAUCUAUAACUUAUGAUCAGGUUACAAAUAUAUCAAGAUUCAAGACCAGGUUGGUCAAGGCGGUCGCAAGAAUACUCGUUGAAGCAGAUAACGAAGAUACCAACAAUAUAAAUGAUGAAGAUUACAGAUAAAUAAUUAAUUAAAA